AUGGGAAGCAGACUAGGAAGAAGAGUAGUUAACUUUGCUAAUCUUCCCAUAAAACUCCUCAUGCCUUCUUCUUUCUCCAAUAUUUCCGAAAUUGCUAUCAAAACCAUUCCCUCCGCUUCAAAGAUUGAGAUUAAGCGGAUUUUAGAAUCACUUUACGGAUUCGAGGUGGAGAAAGUCCAGACUCUAAACAUGGAGGGCAAGAAGAAGAAGCGAGGAGGUUUUUUGAUCGCGAAACCUGAUUAUAAGAAGGCUUAUGUGACCCUCAAAAACCCUCUGUCCAUAAAUCCGGAUCUUUACCCAAUCCGGAUAAUUGAAGAGGACAAAAAGAGUUUGAAUAAGCAGUCUAAAUCAAGCAUUGUGGAGGACCCGGAAGCUAUAAAGAAGUCGCAUUGGCUAGAUGAAAAGAAAGGUGGCAGGACAUUUAAGAGGCCGGAAGGGCGUACUUUUGGUCGCCGUGGUGGCAGUGAUGGUGAUGGAGCAAAGUCCACGAGCUCAGGGGCAAAAUUUCCAUGGAGCAACAUGAGGUCUUUUGGGAGGUAA